CCUUCAUAUACUCUUGUCCUCCUAUUCCUCCUCACUCUUCCCGUACUUGACCUGAUACAUGCCCAAAAAGCAUCAACAGAAAGCGUUCCUGACGAAACCGCAAUCAAGCACUCCGCAUACACUGUCAUCGUCCAAAUCCGCAACCCAGAAUGAGUCAACUUCGCGCAACGUUAACGACCUAAUUCGUGAGUCGCGACGUCUUCAGAUAAGAAAUGAAUCUCGAAAUCCCCAACCCUCUAGUGCCGCUUCCAUUCCUCCUUCUCUAAGAGCAGUACUUGAUCUUCCUCCGCCGCCGCCACCAGUCCCUCGAUUUGGCGCCAGACCUGGCGGACCAAGCCGACUGCGACGGAUACCAGGGCCCCCGCCACCUCGAAGCUGGCUUACAGACAGCAUUCAUGCUCCGUCCUCGGCGAGAACCGCAGCGGAGGCAGAUGUUCGUGGCCUGCGGAUCCAGGUUCGGAGCAGCAAUCUUCCAGACGGAGCGUUUCCUCCAGCAAAGUCCCUGCAGAACUUGGUACUGAAGAAGAUAGCCAGCACCUGGGAAUGGCAUGCGCAGAACGAUUAUGACUAUCUGGAAAUAUUGCCCACAAACCUGAAAGAGACUCUAUUGAGUUACCUUGCGGUAUACAACGAAGCGCCCAUCAACCCGCUACGGCUCUUGUUCCUCAACAAUGAACAUGAGGAGCGGGCCGAAGUGCAUCGGCUUGAUUUGAGCAACGCUCUGGGAGUGUGGACUACGUUCAAACAACUUGAGCGGGAUCUUGUGGUGAAACAACCACCAGUGCCAAAACCUGAUGUUGAAAAUGAAACUUGGGAGACUGCCGAGGACAGCGAUGGUUUAUCGAGUCCUGCAUUCAUGUUGGGCACCGUGCACAACUUCAUCAACCUCAAGCAUCUUUCGCUUGCCAUUCCGCCGGUCAAUGCGAAAGCAGUAUCCUGGUCUUCCCUCCUGUCGUUGGCCGCCGAACUGCGUACACUCACGUCACUGUCAUUAGCAUAUUGGCCCCAACCUACUCUCACACCCAACGCCGCAUCAACAAGAGCAGUGAUCAAGACACCGAGGUCUCCGCCGGUGGUAUAUGGUGGAUCAGACAUGUAUACUGCACAUGACAAUGACUGGCGCGAGGCUGCAGGGAUCCUGAGGACCCUUAGCAGAUCAUUAUAUUGCCUGAAAUGGCUGGAUCUUACAGGGUGUGGUGACUGGUUUGCUGCAUUGAGAUGGAGGCCUUCUUCGUCGUCAUCAGACUCGUCUUCUCUGGACAGAUAUGGUCCAGAGUGGAAUGGUGGGUGGAGAGGGGUCGAAAGGCUCAUACUAGAAGUAGGCUGGAAGCCAAUGUCGCCAUAUAUUGACGCCACAGCACCAGGUCAGGGUCAACCAGCUUGGAAUGUUGAGGAUGAGCGCAAGAUGUAUCGCUACAAGAAUGAGCGACAAAGGUAUGCAGAGAUCCAUAAUACUGCACAGUCGGUGGCCCGGUACUUGCGCGCACUUCGAAAGGAAGGUGGAGGCAGGUGGAUUGAGGUUGACAUUAGCGAAGAGCUUCCACUCUGACCUUCCUCGCCAUGGGUAGAGCUUGUAUGUUGUUGGACUGAACCUGAAAAGGUCGUCCUGUAUCGUCUGGCGAAUCACUUGCCGAAGAAAUUGGUUAUCCGCUGCGUUCCUGCUUCGACUUUCUUGGCUG